AUGUCACCACCUAUCGCUUCGUCUUUCGUGUCCCACAAGAGCGACGAGCGACUGCUAUUUGCUGUGCCUAAGAAAGGUCGUCUACAUGAUAAGAUACUGAAACUUCUAAAAGGUGCUGGACUGGAGUAUUAUCGUCCAAAUCGUGUAGACAUUGCGCUAUGUUCGAGUCUUCCCGUCACCCUCGUGUUUCUACCGGCAUCUGAUAUUGCUACGUAUGUGGGAGAAGGGAAUUUGGAUCUAGGGAUUACAGGUCAAGAUAUUAUUGCAGAGAGUCAAACAAAAGUGAAUGAACUCAUGUCACUUGGCUUUGGACGCUGUUGUCUUGGUGUUCAGACGCCUGUGAAAGACGCUAUUGCGUCACCAGAGCUACUGGCGGGAAAACGUAUUGUUACAUCGUUUCCUGAAGUAACACGCGACUAUUUUAAGAAGUUUGAGACCGAGGUUACAGGUCCUACCAAGAUCAAAUAUGUUUCAGGCUCUGUGGAAGCUGCAUGCUCGCUCGGCUUGGCGGAUGGAAUUGUGGACUUAGUGGAGACUGGAACGACGAUGAAGGCCGCUGGACUGGAACUUGUUUCGACAAUUAUGACGACUGAAGCGGUGCUGAUUGCAAAUCCACAUUCGGUACACAAGGAGCUGCUGCACAAAGUGCACCAGCGCAUUUUGGGCUACAUCACAGCAACCAAGUACAGGAUGGUGUCGUACAAUGUAAACAAGGAAAAGCUUGAGAUAGCGUCAAAAAUAACACCGGGACGACUUGCUCCUACAGUGAACGGACUAGUGGGUGGAGGCUACGCUGUGUCCGCUAUGGUGGAGGUCAAAGACGUGUCGGACGUUAUGGACCAGCUUCACGACGUGGGCGCUACAGAUAUUAUGAUCUUUAACAUUGAGAACUGUCGUGCCUAG